AUGCUCUAACAAUUGAACUCUGACAGAUCUCUAAUGAUUAGCUUCAUACACUGACCAGUUCAGAGAAAGACGCCAGACCAUCUGUGAGUCCCAGCCCUGCUUGACUUCUCCGAAUCAAUUUUUAUUUUUCAUGAUGGUGAAUUCACAAUGACUGUUACUGAAGUCCUUUUGUACAUGAGAAUAAUACUCCUUCUACACUGGCUUAGACCAUUUCUGUCAUUUUCUGGAUAUACCCUAGCUAAGCAUCUCCAGUACAACAAACCCCAAGAAGUUGUGAUUCCCAUGAAAAUAACAGACACUCACAGAGGCAGGAAAUCUUCAGAUUGGAUGUCAUACAGUCUGCAUCUUGGAGGCCAGAAACAUAUCAUCCACAUGAAGAUUAAGAAGUUUCUUCUAUCCAGACACCUCCCUGUGUUCACCUACACAGACCAGGGUGCCCUUUUUAAGGACCAGUCCUUUGUCCAGAAUAACUGUUUUUACCAUGGUUAUGUGGAGGGGGACCCAGAAUCCCUGGUUGCCCUCAGUGCCUGCUCUGGGGGUUUUCAAGGAUUGCUGCAGAUAAAUGAUACUGUUUAUGAAAUCAAGCCCAAUAUUUUUUCCACCAAGUUUGAACAUCUGGUAUAUAAAAUAGACAGUGAAAAAGUCUAUCUCCCCACUAUGAAAUCUGAUUUUACACAAGACCAAAUUAUACACCAAUUGAAGUCUCAAGAGACUGGUGAUGCUGUUAUGAAGCAAAAUUUUUAUAGGACCUGGUGGGUCCAUAUGUUCAUUAUUGAAAUGGCAGUAGUGGUGGACCAUACUCUAUAUCUUCAUUUUGAAAAGAAUGUCUCCAAGUUGCAAGAUGAUCUAUGUUCAGUUGUAAAUGUUGUGGAUUCCAUUUAUCGGAUAAUGGGUCUUAGGGUGUUGUUAUUUGGUAUGGAGAUAUGGACUCAGAAAAAUCACAUUGACAUAGAUGAUAUAAGAAGAUCUCUGAAAAACUUCUGCUAUUGGAAAGUUGACAACCUCACUCCCCACCUGUCUCAUGAUACUGCACAUCUUUUUAUGAAUAAGACUUUAAGAGGAUUAAGUGGUUUGGGCUAUGUUGAUGGAAUGUGUAAAUCACACUAUAGUUGUGCAAUUGUUACUUGGGUAAACAAAAGCUUGAACAACAUUGCAAUUGCAGUUGCUCAUCAUUUAGGUCAUAAUUUGGGUAUGACCCAUGAUACUGAAAUGUGUAAGUGUGCACAUAAUGUAUGCAUCAUGAGUUUUGACAACCUUCCAGCAACUAAAUUCAGCAAUUGUAGCUAUUCUCGGUUUUGGGACUAUGAUGUACAUCAGGCAAAAUGUUUACGAUACACUGUACACACUAAGGAUAUCUUUUCACAGACACGCUGUGGGAAUGGUAUUGUUGAAGAUGAAGAAGAGUGUGACUGUGGGCCUUUAAAAGAUUGUAUAAAAGAUGCCUGUUGUUCAAUAAGCUGUACACUGAAUUUGAGAGCUCAGUGUGCUUUUGGGCUUUGUUGCCAGGACUGCCAGUUCUCACCAUCAGGAAGAGAGUGUCGAAAGCAGAUCAAUGAAUGUGAUCUUCCAGAAUGGUGUAAUGGAACAUCCCACAUGUGCCCAGAUGAUGUAUAUGUGGAGGAUGGCAUUCCCUGUAAUGUCAGUGCCUACUGCUAUGAAAAGAGAUGUAAUGACCGUAAUGAACAGUGUAGACACAUUUUUGGCCAAGAAUCAAAGAGUGCCAAUUACAGUUGUUACAAAACUGUGAAUACUCAAGGUGACCGUUUUGGUAACUGUGGUUUCAAAGAGUCUUCAUAUGUAAAAUGCAAUGUCUCAGAUGUACUGUGUGGAAGGAUUCAGUGUGAUAAUGUGAAAACUAUUCCCAUUCUGAGUGACCAUACCACUGUGCAUUGGACUUACCUCAAUGGUGGCCUUUGCUGGGGCACUGACUACCAUUUUGGGAUGAAUAUUCCUGAUAUUGGUCAAGUGAAAGAUGGCACAGAGUGUGGUGCAGAGCAUAUCUGCAUCAAAAAGAAGUGUGUCCACAUAUCCCAAUUAGAUAGUAAUUGUUCAUCCAAGUCCUGUAAUAUGAGGGGAAUCUGUAACAACAAACAUCACUGUCAUUGCAAUCAUUUAUGGGACCCUCCCAAUUGCCACAGUCCAGGCAAUGGAGGUAGUAUUGACAGUGGCCCACCUCCUGUAAGAAAUAACAAAUUUAGGAAUUUUCUGUUAAUAUUUCUCCUUAUUUUGUUGUUUUUAUGUUUAUGUUAUCUUCUUUACCUUUUUAAGGGUAAAAUUUCUAAUUAAAUAGCAAAAAAAUAUCCAGGUACAGCCACCAAAAAGGAAGCAACGCAUUCAGACUCAAGAUGAGAAAAACUUAGAAAAUGUUCCACCUCAGCCUGCAAAAAGAACAGCAAAGUCAAUAGAAAUAUUGUAUCUUCCCAGGGUCAACUUGAAAAACAAAGUCAAUGAACACUCGAAAAUGUAAAUACACAGGAACCCAAUAAACACAUUGACACCUAGAAUGGUUUUACUUAA